AUGAUACUGAUGUGGAUGAUAGCCGAUUUUUCACAUCUAAUAUCUAUAUUCAUUCUCCUCCAUAAAAUGAAAUCUUCAAGUAGUUGCUCUGGUUUGUCCUUCAAAUCGCAAAUUUUGUAUUUGCUGGUCUUCGUUACACGCUAUCUUGAUCUCUUCUGGACCUUUACCGAUUCGUUUUAUAACACAACAUUCAAGAUCUUAUUCAUCUGCUCUUCGGCUUAUAUCAUUUACCUGAUGCUCAACGACUACAAGCCAACCCAUGACCCGAAUCUCGACACUUUCAAAGUUCAGUAUCUCCUUGGGGCCAGUGCUCUAUUAGCAGUAUUGUUCUCAAGCAAUUACAGCAUCUCCGAGAUACUCUGGACAUUCUCAAUCUGGCUUGAAUCUGUUGCGAUCCUUCCUCAACUCUUCAUGCUACAGCGCACUGGCGAAGCAGACACCAUCACUACACAUUAUCUCUUUGCCUUGGGGCUCUAUCGGUCUCUCUAUAUCCCAAACUGGAUCUACCGGUAUUUUUCAGAGAGCCGAUUCCACCCGGUUCCUGUUGUGGCAGGCAUUGUUCAAACGCUUCUGUAUUCAGACUUUUUUUAUAUCUACUAUAGCAAAGUUAUGAAAGGGAAAAAAUUCUCACUUCCAGUCUGA